AUCCAGGGGAUCUUUAUGCAUGGCCGCUCUCCACGUGGCAUAAAUUUCUUUGCAAAAUAUUCCCAGGGCUAUGAGGCGGCACUGCGAUCGAUCGGUGCGCUCCUCCUCUUCGCGCUCUCGCUGAAAUCCGCUCGAGGCGCGCGAGAAAUGCUAUCGCUGCCGCCAUCGCUGAUUUCUAGCUGGUGGCACGACGCGGCGCAAUCCAAGACAUGGAUCUUUACUGUGCUUGGCGGUGCCUACACCGCGAUCUCGCUCUGGGCUCUCGUGCAAUUGAUUCGAAUCGAGCGGAGGGUCCCGGAGUAUGGAUGGACGAUCCAGAAGCUCUUCCAUUUGCUCAACUUCGUCGUGAAUGGAGUUCGAGCCAUAGUUUUUUAUCUGUGGAUUCGGGUUUCAUCACUUCCACUGGUGGUGCAAUCCAUCCUUGUCGAUCUCCCUGGACUCCUGUUCUUCACAACGUACACGCUCUUGAUCUUGUUUUGGGCCGAUAUAUAUCACCAGGCUAGAAGUAUCACCGCGGAACGCUUCCGCACGGUGUUUGUCGCGAUUAAUGUCUGCGUCUACGUCAUUCAGCUUAUUCUGUGGAUUGUUUCGCUCUGGAUUCCGAAAGUGGCUGAGAAAGUCUUGUCGACAAUCCUAUUUUCUGCUAUCUCACUUGCAGCAGCCAUUGGGUUUUUGCUCUAUGGUGGACGCCUGUAUUGCAUGCUUCGAAGGUUUCCAGUGGAGUCCAAGGGGCGCGAAAAGAAAAUCCGUGAGGUUGGAGCUGUGACAGGAAUAUGUUCCAUCUGCUUCGUCAUAAGAUCUGUUUUUGUGAGUGAAUUUUCUACAUGUUUUCUAAGCGUCACUCCAAACCUCCUCUUCAACAGGUUGCGUUCUCGGCUAUCAGCAAGAGCAACAGCCUGGAUGUCACUGAUCAUCCCAUCCUCAACGCAAUCUAUUACGGGGUAUCUAUCUUUUCUCUUCCCUUGCAACUUCUCAUUUUUGCUAUCUUUUCCUUCUUUGUUUUUUCAGGCUGUAGAAAUCUUACCAUCGGUUCUUGUUCUUUUCACCCUGCGGAAGUUGCCUCCCAAGCGCCCGCAGCCACUGCUCCACUUCGCACUCGACGCUGGAUCGCCAUAGCUUCUUCCUUUGGCGACAAUUUGUGAGUAUAGUUUUUCUAGAUUACUUUGUUAUAUACAAGAGGCGCAACUGUAGAUCUAUUGAUCUCCUUCCAGAUCGAACUAGAAGAAGUCGAAGUGAUGGUGACGAAGUAGGCAGUAGACACAGACGAGCUGCUGGGAUAUGUAAACGAACACGGCCAUGGAGAUGCUCAUCAGAAGAACAUCGGUCAGGUCCCCUUUCUUCCGGGUGGAGAAGAGGAAUUUGCUCAGCUCGGACAGCUUGGUGGCGAUCAUCGGCUUGAGGUGUUGGAGUGGUGGAGAAUUUGGUGCCGGAUCUCGCUUCUCAGCGGCAGCGCUGGUUGGGAUCUCGUCGCAUUUGCUACUUUCCUUACCAAUGGAAGAUACCUGAGCGGAGAUUUGCCUGGGAA